AUGCGAGUGCCCGUGACCCCCCUGGUGGAAGGGGUGGAUAUUCGCAAUUUGUACGACAUCGACCACGUCGUCCCAAUAGGAAAAGGGUCCUUUUCUGAGGUUGUGGAGGCCCGCCACGUCCCCACGGGGGUAAUCCGCGCGCUGAAAAUCGUCCAACGUGAAGAACUCAACGGCCCCAAGGCGGGUAUCGUCAUCCACGAACGCGAAAUCCUCCGUCGGACGCGGCAUCCAAACAUUAUCACCCUGCACGAGACCAUCCGCACCUCGGAUCAGUUCUACUUCGUCUUCGAUCGCAUGGACGAGGAUCUUUUUGAGUUCAUCGUGCGCAAUAAUAGGAUUAAUGAGACGCUAACGCGGCGAAUUAUUCACGCCAUUUUGUCCGCCGUAGUAUACCUCCACUCUCAGAGCAUUGUCCAUCGUGAUAUCAAGCCCGAAAAUGUUCUUAUAAACGUGCGAUACAACCCACACCCAUCGCGCUCGAAAUCGGAGAAAAAGGUCAACGAGACUUCAGAAGCGGUGGAUAUUAAGAAAAAAGGUGUGAAUAACAUCAAUCCGGAUCACCUGGAGUUGGAGAUAAAGCUGACGGACUUUGGAUUUGCGAAGCUCGUGAUGGAGUGGGAUGUGCGAAAUACGCCGUGCGGGACGUCGUUUUACAUCGCGCCGGAGAUUAUCCGCGGGAUCGAGGAGCAGGGCUCCGAACCGCUUUGCACCACCCAAACCCUCGUCAAAAGCGUGGAUGUGUGGUCGGUAGGGGUUGUAAUGUACAUCCUCCUUUCCGGAUGCCCGCCGUUUUAUGGGCAGGUCAAAACCAGCGAUGAGCGUCGUGCGCUUCUCAAAAAGAUCAGCCACGGCGUUCUCUUCAGCUCCAAAUAUGGCUGGGAUAAAAUCAGCGACGAGUCGAAGGAUUUGAUUCUGAAAAUGUUAGAGCAGGACAGCGUCGCGCGCAUCUCCGCCGCGGAGGCGCUCCAGCACCCUUUCUUCACCAAAUUCAUGAACAAAAACGCCAACACAAAGGGCUUUCCCGCCCCUUUGACGGAUGACAAGGCGGGAUUUCAUUCCUACGGUAUGGACCGCGUCGAGCGCGCAAACCCUCGCCCGUCGGGGAAGUCCAAUAAAUCGAAAAAUAGCGUCCUCGGCGACCCCGUCCAAUCCUCCAACAAAAGCCGAAAGCCGGAAUACGACGAGAUAUUUCCGCCGGAUCGGGAAAACGUGCCGUGUAUGACGAAAAAUGAACAGGAACGCCUGCAAGAGGAGAUCGCCGCCCUGCAAGAAGAGGAGCUGCUCGCGAACGACAAGGAAGGCGACGUCACCGCGUAUAAGCGGGCCAUACCAAUGGGUAAACAGAGGCCCGCCCGUGCGGCCGUGAUGAAUACCAAAAUGAAAGUAGGGCCUUCUGCAUUAAGGGAUUAA